AUGGCUCGGUGCCGAUUUAGCGUGAAGGAUGCUGAAAACGCAGUAACAGUGGAGCGGAGGGACGGGGGUGGCUCGACAGAGCACAGCGAAGGCCAGCAACUGAAUCGGAGCCAAGCGAAACGAGCAAGCGCAGAAGAGAGGAACGGAGAAAGCAAAGUCCACAGCCAGCAGCACAUCGAAGCGACCAGGAAAAGACCGGAAGUGCGUUGCUGCACCGAGGAAUCGUGCGCGCGAAAAGAAACACUGCGACCAGCGUUUUCAAACGUGACACAGUGA